AUGGUGAGGCGCUCCAUAAACCCUCGGCGCCAGCCUACGGCGAAGACGAUUGCUCCACCGCGAAGUUCGACGUCUACGUCGGCCACUCGAGACUCGACUGUACCAGCACCACUGCCUACGGUCAAGGUGUCUGUGCGGAAUUUGCGGCUACGACGAGGCGGAGAUAUCACGUACAACUUGAAAAUGGCCACGUGCUUGAUGAGUAAUCAAGAGAUGGCCGUGUCGAUUGUGCUGCCAGACUCUUUGAACGGCAUCUCCGUCUACCCUACCGAGGUGCUAUUCACCCGCUACAACUUCCGUCAGCCCCAGUCCAUUUCAGUACGGGCGACCGACGCGUCCGACCUCAUUCGAUUCGAGAUCCGCCACGUCCCAAAACUAACAUGGGCACCCGACCAGCAAGCCACUAUCACGCCUGUGUCCGUGCAAAUCAUGCCCAAGCAAGCUCUAUUUGUGUUUAGCUUUGGGUCGGGGUUAUACGGGCGGCUUGGUGUGACCCAUCGCUUCGACAAGCGCGAUGCUAGCGCUAACACGCCGACCCCCCUCGAUUCCAAGUGGCUCGUGCCAGCUCAAGUGGCCUGCGGCCUAGCCCACACCGCCAUCAUCGACGCAAACUCGCAUUUGUAUUGCUUUGGACGGGGCAGUGAAGGGCAACUCGGCCAGCCGCACUUGGAUCAUGUCAAAACCCCGUCCGUCGUGCCCAAGCUCAUGAACAUGAUGGUGACCCACGUAGCUUGUGGAGCAAACCACACGUUGUGCAUCGUGAGCAGUACGUGGGUAUACGCGUGGGGAGACAACUCGUCGGGGCAGCUCGGGCUGAGCUUGAAGGCCAAACACCACCGCACCCCUGCUCGAGUACACAACCUCCCUCCCACACGCACCAUCGUGUGUGCUGGGAACCAUUCGUUUGCCGUGGACGUGGAGGGCGAUGUGUUUGCCACGGGGUCCAACAUUGCUGGUCAACUCGGGUUUGGCGAUUCGCAGCCCCGCGCGGCGUUUACGCAGGUGCCGCACCUGAGCCAUGUCCAGCACUUGGCGUCGGGAAUGUAUCACGCCAUUGCGCACACGAGUGUGCCGCUGGCCGUGAUGGUGUGGGGGUGUGGCGGUCAUGGUCGACUUGGUGUUGGCGACAUCGAGUCGAGGACAACCCCCGUGUCCCUGGAAACCUUCAACGGAACGCGGGUAAAGCAAGUCGCGGCGGGAGGCACACACUCGGCGCUAAUCACCGAGUCCGGGGACCUCCUCAUGUGGGGUGGGAAUGCACACGGUCAAGUCGGCGACGGCCUCUACAGCGACCGCCUCGUGCCCCAUCGCCUGCGACUCUUUCAUGGCAAAUACGUACGAGCCAUUGCGUUGGGAGAAUGGCAUUCUGUGGCUCUCGUUGACGACGCGUGCGUGUACGCAUGGGGAUUUGGCGAAGAAGGCCAGCUGGGAUUCGGAGACGACCGCAGCUCGAGCCUGCCACUCGUCGUGACCCCUCUGUCAGGCACGGCACCAGUGUCAGUGUCGUGCGGAGCCACACACACUAUUGUUGUCACAAUGCUCGAAGCAACAUGCCACACGCAGCAAGUGAAAGACCGAGAGGUACACGUUCAGGGUCGCCCAGUUCUCGGAAUGUGCGGCAUCUCGCGAGCGUCGACGGCUCACGUGGCGCAAGUCGAUGCAGUGGAAGGGCAAGCAUCCUUGUCGAAAGCGCGGUGUCGACUUCAACCGGCUCCGCUUGACUCCGCCCAGCACCACGUGUCAGCAACCAAACGCGACCAGCUCUACCGAACCAAGGCCGCCACCGACGCGGCCACAUACUGCCCGGCCAUUUCGUGA